AAGGUCCUUAGGAUGCAGGAUGUGUUUGAGGAUGUAACGUCACAACACUACACCGGUUUAGUUAGCCUGUUAGCAUUGUAUAUAACAAAAACGACCGUAAGAAAGAAGAAUAAUAAGAUUUAUGAACGUAUUGGCUGCUGGAAAGUAACAGUGCAUAGGGGAUCAUGGCGACCGGUGCGGAUGUGAGAGACAUCCUGGAGCUGGCAGGAGGAGACACUGAUACAGGACCAAUCAGCAAGAAGGACAUCAUCAACUCCGACAAGAAAAAGGUGAAGAAGAGCACAGAGACUCUGACGUUUAAGAGGCCAGAGGGAAUGCACAGAGAGGUCUACGCUCUGCUCUACUCCGAUAAAAAGGACGCUCCCCCUCUCUUACCCAGCGACACCACUCAGGGUUACCGCACGGUGAAGGCCAAGCUGGGCUGUAAGAAGGUUCGUCCGUGGAAGUGGAUGCCCUUCACCAACCCGGCUCGUAAAGACGGCGCCAUCUUCCACCACUGGAGACGAGCGGUGGAGGAAGGCAAGGACUACCCCUUCGCCCGCUUUAACAAGACGGUACAGGUGCCCGUGUACUCGGAGCAGGAGUACCAGAUGUACCUGCACGACGACGGCUGGACUAAAGCGGAGACGGAUCACCUGUUCGACCUGUGCAAGCGCUUCGACCUGCGCUUCAUCGUCAUCCACGACCGCUACGACCACCAGCAGUACCGAAAACGUUCUGUGGAGGAUCUGAAAGAACGUUAUUACAACAUUUGCGGGAAGCUGACGAAGGUCCGAGCUCCGACUGGCACCGAACCUAAAGUCUACAUCUUCGACGCGGGACACGAGAGACGCAGGAAAGACCAGCUGGAGAGACUGUUUAACCGCACACCUGAACAGGUGGCGGAGGAAGAGUACCUGAUCCAGGAGCUGAGGAAGAUCGAGACACGGAAGAAGGAGAGGGAGAAGAAAGCGCAGGACCUGCAGAAGCUGAUCACGGCGGCCGACAGCACGACAGAGAUGCGCCGGGGCGACCGCAAGGCCACGAAGAAGAAACCGCCGCAAAAACGAGAGGCGGAGAAACCGGCCGUACCUGAAACAGCAGGAAUCAAAUUCCCCGACUUCAAAUCAGCCGGAGUGUCGCUGCGAAGCCAGAGGAUGAAGUUACCGAGCUCUGUAGGACAGAAGAAGAUCAAAGCCAUUGAGCAAAUCCUCACAGAGCAAGGAGUCGACCUGAACCCCAUGCCCACUGAGGAGAUAGUGGCGAUGUUUAACGAGCUGCGCAGCGACCUGGUCCUGGUGUACGAGCUGAAGCAGGCGCACAGUAACUGCGAGUACGAGCAGCAGAUGCUGAGACACCGCUACGACGCUCUGCUCAAAGCCGGGGGCUCCGGCACGCCCCACAGCGACGCCACCGCCGGGCCCGACUCUCAGAACUGGGCCGGAGUGGACGACAUCAAAACCGAGCCCAAAGAACAGAUCAUCGAUGUGGUUGGAGCGCCGCUUACGCCCAACUCGCGUAAACGCAGAGAGUCGGCCUCCAGCUCCUCCUCCGUGAAGAAGAUGAAGAAACCGUGACGUGGCUCGCUUUCUCGACUCUGACAGAAAGACCUCGAGAACGUCCUCAAGCGUUCGUGGCGAUGAGAUGACGGGAGGCGUAGGGCGUCCAUCAGACCUGCAGCUUUUUUUUUUUUCUCCGUAAGGCGCCGCUGCUCCUCAUUACCUUUAUAUUCAUCAUGUUCCACUCGGAGAUAGCAGGUAAACUGUGAAUCGCUAUGGAAAUGAACUGAGACGUAAUAAUUGAGAAAGAACAGAAGGAAGAAGGAGGAUCAGAACUUUUUUUCUUUUUAAAUUAAAACUCUUCCUAUCUGUGUUUGGGUGUUGUACUGUACUUCCGGUGAAGUCCUGGUCUUUUCAGACACAUCCCUCACUCGAACUUUGCCUCUUUCGUUUCUGAUCCCUGUUCUGAACCACACAGGGUAGACAAAAUGGCCGCCGAAGUUUCUCUACAAUCUGUCUGCUGCGUCCGUCUCGGAAAACUGCCCUACCGAGCAGCUACAAUUUACCGGCUUAAUAAACGUGUGACGUUUUUUUCUGUGUAUAUGUAAUUGUUUUGGUGUUUUUUUGUUUUUGUAAUACUGUGUGAGUUGCACUGAUGUCACAAACACACAGUCACAUGUCCUUUACUUUAGCAGGGUUCAUUUGGUGUUUGCCGUCAGUGAGCUGUUUAAUAAAGGGUAAUAAAAAGUGUAAA